AUGGGAAAUCAUCAUGGACAUCACAAAUCGGCGGAUAACACCCCGACUUCUUUCGGGUCGGCUGACAACGCUUCCAGGAAAAGUAUCCCCAGGAAUGGUUCUGCAAACGAUCUCCAAGAGAAGCCUUUAGACCAAAUGUUGCCUGUCGAAAGACUGACCAAGAUUUUAACAGAAAAAGCCCAAACAGAAGAUAAUGUCAAUGGAGUAACCCAAAAUGUUUUCUAUCGGUAUUUGUUCCCAAAAUAUCCCCAGCUUGCCGACAAACUAUUCAAAUAUUUCCUGGAAAAUUCAAAGUCAACAAAGGAAUACAUUCCGACGUCUAGUUUUAGGCAACAAUGCGAAAAGUACUUAGCAAUUUUAGAUGAUAGUGUCAUAUUAGACAUUUGGGUUAAAAUGUGGUCUACGUUUAGUGAAGAAAAGGGUAGCCACCAAAUGACAUCAGAACAGUUUUCGGCUCUGCUUAUGUGCGCCUACGUUGUCAGCAUGGACCAUUACUCAGGCGGUCCACAGAUGUGUUUGUCAAUAAAUAAAACGCUCAAAGCUGUGGUUGAUGGUUGUUUUCAUCAGAAACAAAGCCUCUCUUCUCAAUAUGUUGCUCAUUGGUUGGCAGACAAUGUUUUUCGUUUGCUAUUGCCUUUACAUAGAUAUGCUGUGCAUUCAAUUGCAACGGCUUGGAGGCUUAUUGAACAAAAUGAACAACCAGAAUCUACAGGAGUUGAGCAUACUUUGCCCAUGACUCCAACAGGUCUAGAAUUAACCACUCCUGUGUUAGAACAGUCCGGCCCUUUUGGACAAGGCAAGAAUUCCCAUCCUCACCUUCUAACCAUGAGCAUGUCUUGGUUAUUAGCUGGAGCUCUGCCAGCUUUGUAUUCCAGACCGCAGAGGGCCAGUUCACCCAAUAGUAGUGCAGCAGGCAGUAGGCGUACAAGUGCAGGUCUAGCCAGUGUGUCAUUUCUCUCAAAAAUCGCUUGUGCCAUACCCUCACACUGGGCUUUGAUCUACGACUCCGACGAAAAUGGACUUGGUGCUAAUAGGUUCUUGCAUCAUGUGCUUGGCUAUAAGGGACCUACUUUGGUCAUCUUCAAGGUUGAAAAUAAUCAAAAAUUUUGUAUAGCUUCUCCUUGUGAAUGGAAAGAGUCUCAUCACUAUUGGGGAGGUGAAGGUGCUUCUGUCUUCCAACUUUUACCCAAAUUUCAGCUAUUAGAAAAAGGCGAGGAAAAAGGUCAAAAACUCAUUUACCUAAAUACCUCAGUCCGUGGAUAUCCGCAAGGACUAAGAGCAGGUUCAGAUCCUAGAGCCCCUAUUAUAACAGUAGAUGGAGGUUUCGAGAAAAUAGAAUGGCAAAAAAUCCCAUAUUACAUUGAAACAAUUGAGGUAUGGGGCUGUGGAGACCAAGUGCAAAGAGAGCGACAGCUGGAAGUGAAAAAAUGGGAGGUCAAAGAAGCUGAGAAACAAAGAGCUGUCAAAUUAAGUGCAGCUGAUUGGUUAGAUCAUCCUGAUAGAUAUUUGCUAGAGCUUGCAGGCAGGCCACAAUAUCACCAGAACCAGACUUAG